AUGCAACCUUCAAUACAGAAGAGUUUACAAACCUUAUCACGGAAGCUUUUCUGCCAGCUACCGCUUCCAGUCCGCAAGUGUUCUACGAAGCAUCUUUUAUUUUUAACUGAAAGUUCUAUACAGCGACUAAAGCAAAUCGAAGCAAAGGGAUCACUUAUGAGAAUCUUAGUGGAUAGUGGAGGCUGUUCAGGAUUCCAGUAUAAAUUUCAACUUGUGGAUAAAAUUCAAGAAACCGACAAAGUGGUCAAACAAGAUGGCGUCGUUGUAGUUGUUGAUGAUGUCUCGCUCGAAUUUAUCAAGGGUUCAACAAUCGACUAUGAAGAUGAGUUGAUUCGAUCUGGUUUUUGUGUUGUUAACAAUCCACAAGUUGACAAAAGUUGCUCUUGCGGUGUUUCAUUCAGUACUAAACUUGACUGACAAAACUAUUUUAUUAAUUAAU